CUUUUUUUUUUUUUUUUCUUUUUUGCUUUGUUAUAAAAUAAAAUCCGCAUUGUUCCACAGAGACAGCCUAGUUAUGUAACAGAAAUAUAAUUAAUAGUGUAAGCACAAGAGGGACUCCGGCUGUGGAGGGGUGUGUGUGUCUGCGGUGGUGAUGUCGGUGCUUCCAGCAUCCCGGACCGGGCUCAGUGCCAGGGGGAUGCGGGAUGAUGCUGGAGGCGGGAGGGGGUAGGAGAGAGGGAGGUUGGUACAGAUGCCCUCUGAGUUUUACAUAACAGCAGCUGGCUCACACAUCAAAUGAGUGACAAACCGCUGGCCGCAGCACAACAGGCAGCGUCCCUCCUGCCGCGUGCCGCAGUGUCCGGUGUCCAGCCGAGAGGAGGGGAGAGAGCGCGCGCUCCUGACUGUGCGUCACGUACAGGAUACCGUUGGAAGGGUGGCACGUUUGUUUACCAGCCAUACCUGUCGUCGUCCGGUUGGCGCUGUUGCCGUUCGUGUGUGUGUGUGAGUGAAGAGAGAUGGAAGGCCGGAGGGAGGCGGAGCCGCUCGGACAUGAGUAAAUGACGUCAGCUCCCAGGUCGCCGAGCAGAGAAACAAACAUGGCGACAGAAUGGAGCGGUCAGCAGGGUUACGUUCUCACCGUCAUUAUCUGCCUGUGGAGCGCGGUCGGCGGCCGGACAGAGACUGCGGCGGCGGCUGGUUCCGCCCGGGUCAGCGGCGCGAGCCAGGUCCUCGGCAUGCGGCUCGAGCGAAGCGACAAGCCGUCCAGCACCAAUGACGACGGUGUCAUCCAGGUGACCGAGGAGAGCACCGUGCAGCUCCGGUUUUACGGGGUGCAGCUCCACUCGGGUGCCUGGACGCAGAUCCGCUUCACGGAGCUAGCGGACGGCGGCGGAGGAGAAGGAGGCGGCGGCGGGGACGAGGAAGAGGAUGAGCAGGAAGAAGCGGUCUCGGCGGCCAGGGGAGGCAGCGGCAUGAUGGACACGCCGGAUAGGACUUGUGUCGACUUCACGAAGGACAUCAAAGUCGGGAACUACAUGAACGUGAGCAACCGGGGGACCUCCGGGGUGCUCAGCGUGCAAGUUAAGCCGCUGCGCAAAAGCGAGCCGCAGAAGGAGUACGCUUUGUGCACCCCGAGCGAGGAUGGCACCAGGUGGGUUCUGCUGGGGGAGAGCGACGGCAGGAUGCUGGUGGUGGAGGAGAAGAAGUCGCUGCUGCCCAUGUGGCUGCAGGUCAUCCUCAUCAGCUGCCUGCUGGUGCUGUCCGGGAUGUUCAGCGGCUUGAACCUCGGCCUCAUGGCGCUGGACCCCAUGGAGCUGCGCAUCGUCCAGAGCUGCGGCACCGACAAGGAGAAGAAGUAUGCCCGGAAGAUCGAGCCCAUUCGGAGCAAGGGGAACUACCUGCUGUGUUCCCUCCUGAUGGGCAACGUGCUGGUGAACACCACCCUCACCAUCCUGCUGGAUGACCUGAUCGGCUCCGGCCUGGGCGCGGUGGUGGCCUCCACCAUCGGCAUCGUCAUCUUCGGGGAGAUCGUCCCCCAGGCGCUGUGCUCUCGCCACGGACUGGCCGUGGGAGCCAACACCAUCAUGGUCACCAAGUUCUUCAUGCUGCUCACAUUCCCGCUCUCCUUCCCGAUCAGCAAGCUGCUGGACUACCUGCUGGGCCAGGAGAUCGGCACCGUGUACAACCGAGAGAAGCUGGUGGGGAUGCUGAGGGUGACGGAGCCCUACAACGACCUGGACAAGGAGGAGCUGAACAUGAUCCAGGGAGCGCUGGAGCUCCGGAACAAAACGGUGGAGGACGUGAUGACGCCCCUGGCGAACUGCUUCAUGAUCCAGGCGGACGCCGUGCUGGACUUCAACACCAUGUCGGAGAUCAUGGAGAGCGGCUACACGCGCAUCCCUGUCUACGAUGAGGAAAGGUCCAACAUCGUGGACAUCCUGUACGUCAAGGACCUGGCGUUCGUGGAUCCGGACGACUGCACCAACCUGAAGACCAUCACCAAGUUCUACAACCACCCGGUGCACUUCGUGUUUCACGACACGAAGCUGGACGCCAUGCUGGAGGAGUUCAAGAAAGGUAAAUCCCACCUGGCCAUCGUCCAGAAGGUGAACAACGAGGGCGAGGGCGACCCGUUCUACGAGGUUCUGGGUCUGGUCACCCUGGAGGACGUCAUCGAGGAGAUCAUCAAGUCUGAGAUCCUGGACGAGUCCGACCUCUACACUGACAACAGGAACAAGAAGAAGGUGGAUCCUUACAAGAACAAGCCGGACUUCUCCGCCUUCAAGCAGGACGGCGACAGCAAAGUGAAGAUCACUCCCCAGCUCAUGCUGGCUGCUCAUCGCUUCUUAGCCACAGAGGUGAACUUGUUCAGCCCGUUCCAGAUCACAGAGCGGGUCCUGCUGAGGAUCCUCAGGCACCCAGACGUCAUCCAGGAGCUCAAGUUCAACGAAAACGACAAACGCUCGCCUCUGCACUUCCUCUACCAGAAGGGAAAACCUGUUGACUACUUUGUACUCAUCCUGCAGGGACGGGUGGAGGUGGAAGCUGGAAACGAGAACAUGAAGUUCGAAUCCGGCCCGUUCUCUUACUAUGGAGUCAUGGCUCUGAGCACGCCAUCGCUGGCUGUCACUCCUCCUCUCUCCCCAUCAGUGGCGUCCCCCCCUCCACGACGCCUCUCUCUUAAGAGGUUUUCUGUGUUCUCUCGUUUCCCAGAGUUUCGUUCUCCGUCGCAUGCCGGCCACCUGAACCGCUCGGCCUCUCUGAGCUGCACCGAGCGCGCUCACGAGGGCGGCUCCAUCGGCGGAAGCAACACUCAGAUCCCAGGAACCCCUUUCCAGUACAUCCCAGACUUCAGCGUUCGAGCUCUGGCCGAUCUUCAGUAUGUCAAGGUCACCCGCGCUCAGUACCAGAACGCUCUGCUGGCAUCCCGCUUGGACAGCACGCCUCAAUCUCCGGAGGGCAGCCACGCCCGCCUGGACAUCUCCAUCUCUCUGCCGCCCCUGACGCCCCCGGAAACCAAAACGCCGCUGGCGCUGGCCACGCCUCCCGUGAAACACCCGCCGUACAACACUCAACCCGCCUCCCAGAGCGCUCGCGCCACCUUCACCGUAGGCUCUGCCGGCCGCCGGCCCAGCCAAGUGUUACCCCAGGCCACGCCCCCUCCCAGUAACCACACCCCACUAUCCCAAACCCCUCCGUCUUAUGUAAGCACGGUGCCAUGUGCUCUGAAUUCUGCGGUGAGCUCGUCGCUUUCCUCCAAACCGCAGUACCCGCCACCCUCCGACGGCCUGGACAACGGGCCCGGAGAGACCACCACUCUGCUCAGUGAGCAGCCGAACUGCGUGGGCCCCCGCCGGCCCAGUUACACCCAGCCCUCCCAGCAUAUUCACACCAUCAGUCACGCACACACUGAAAGCACCAUUUAACUCCGGUCCUCUUAGAGAGCCGUCGGUUCAACCUCCUUGCACUACUUCCUUCUCCUGUUGGCCGUUUCGGUUCUAAGCAACAUUGUUUCUAUGGGAACCAACAAAGGAUCAGCACAUCUCUACUCUCUGCCAUCUCCUCCUGCAUGUUCCUAUCCCAACACCGAACCCAUUACAGAGUGGGAACCAGAGGAUGGAUCAGUCCAACCAAAAAAAAAAAAAAAAAAAAAAAUCUACCUUUGCAUUUUGUUUUAUCUGCACAGGUGACGGCAUGUCUGCCUCUGCCUGGGUACGGUGGAGGUAACUGGAAGAGAGAGUGUACACUGCCCCCCUGUGGUGGCAUGUUAGAUUACAUUUCUUACAAACAAUCAUAAAUCAUCCAGUUGUUUAGUUUGAGCCCCGAAGCUUUCUACAAGUAGACACAAAACCCAGCACCAUCAACCACAGUUUAAAGGUGAUAGAGAUGCUUUUAACAGACAGGUUUUGAAUCAAAAACUGCAGGGCUGCCUCCUGUGUGGGUUUGUUUUUAUCCACUAGGGGGCAGAUUAUGACUUCAUGAAAUGAGAUCCAGAAUGCCGCAACUGAAUACUUGUUAUAAAGUAGAUAUUUAUAUAUAAUUUAAAUUAUUUCAAUAAUGUUUUAAUAAUUUGUUAAAUAAAUUAUUAAAUGUGAAAUAACUGAUUAAAAAUGUAUUUAAAGAGGCAGUGUUAUAAUUUUAUAGCAUAAUCAGGUAACUAUGAAACUACCUUCAGUUUGAAAAAUGCUCUAUACAUCAAAUAUGAUUUAAAAGAAAUUUUUCUUCGUCUGUUUCUUUAAAAAACUUUUGCUUUUUCUGAAACUCCGCCUUCAGGAAGUCAUCACAACAUGGCUCCUCUAUUAACCCUUUAAUUGGAAGAAAUGUAGUUAAUUGUUUCUAAUUUCAACAUUUAAUUGCAUUUUUUUAUUAUUUUUAAAUUAUCCACGCAUUAAUGUAGCUAUAGAUUACUGUUUACGUUAAAUGGUAACAUAUAGAACUGUUUUAGAACAAAUAAAUAAUUUGAUUUCAAUUAUUUAGAUUUUUGCCUAAUGAGAUUCAACAGGGUUUAAAAUAAUCCCAGUUACCUCCACUGUAGU